AUGUCAAACCCAGGGUCCUCCAGUACCAGUUCGCAACCUGACAAACGAGACACCGGCUUUAUACCGGGUGACGAUACCUGGACGCAAUGGCGCAAUAUCUUCUCCAUCCUAUCAGGGAAAAUGACAGAUGAAGGGAAAGAACAAUUUCGUGUUGCCCGUGACAUUCGAAAUGAGGCCGCAGAUUGUAAACGUUGUGAGGACCAGCGCGACUAUCUGUUACAAUUCAGCCCAGUAAUCCGAUUUAUGAGCGACAGCAUUCGACAACUUGGGGGGGAUCUUUCUAGCCAUAACAUGUAUUGUCGCCGCUGUACCAAUCGAAAAGCCGGGGGGUUCGAUCCUGAUUAUGGAAUCUUGCUUUGCGCGAACGAAAUGAAGGACCAAGGACACCUAGAGGAUACCAUGGCUCAUGAAAUGGUCCAUGCGUAUGAUCAUUUGAGAUUCAAGGUUGAUUGGACUAACAAUCUGCGGCACGCAGCUUGUACCGAGAUUCGAGCCAGCUCCCUUAGCGGGGAAUGUAGAUGGGCACGCGAGUUCUUCCGAAGGGGCCAAUGGAAGUUUACACAACAACACCAAGAAUGCGUCAGAAGAAGAGCUGUAUUGUCCGUGCGCGCAAGGCCGGGAUGCAAAGAUGAAGCCCACGCGCAAAAAGUUGUAAACGAAGUAUGGGACAGCUGUUUUAGAGACACCCGCCCUUUUGAUGAGAUAUACCGAUGA